AUGCCCUUCAACACAGCGUUAACACGGAAAUUAGGCAUUCCCGUUCCAAUCAUUCAAGGAGGUAUGCAAUGGGUCGCAUACGCAGAGCUCGCUGCCGCCGUCAGCAAUGCCGGUGGGCUGGGCAUACUUUCAGCCCUAACACAGCCCACCCCGGAAGACCUACGAAAGGAGAUUCGUCGUUGUCGUUCGAUGACCCAGAAUCCCUUCGGAGUGAAUUUGACUUUGCUGCCUGCUCUCGUACCCCCAGACUACGCUGCUUACGCGCAGGUGAUCAUCGACGAGGGUGUUAAGAUUGUUGAAACUGCAGGAAACAACCCCGGUCCUGUGAUUAAUCAACUGAAAAGCUCCAAUCUGACCAUCCUACACAAGUGUACGACUAUCCGCCAUGCCAAGUCUGCCAUCAAGCUAGGGGUAGACUUUCUGUCUAUCGACGGUUUCGAAUGUGCCGGUCAUAUCGGCGAGCACGACAUCACUAACUUUAUUCUCCUGAGUCGCGCCCGCCAGGAACUCAAGGUACCAUUUAUCGCAUCCGGCGGGUUCGCUGAUGGUCACGGAUUGGCAGCAGCGCUGGCACUUGGAGCUGAGGGAAUUAAUAUGGGUACACGGUUUAUGUGUACGGUUGAAUCGCCUAUUCACCAUAGGAUCAAGGAACGUAUUGUCACUGCGGAUGAGAACCAGACUGCGUUGGUUCUGCGCCGGUGA